UAGUAGCAAUCACUCGCAAGUAAGGUCAUUCUUCCACAGGGAGAGUAUAAUAUUUGUUUCGAGCUAGACUGUUCAAUUAUUGGUACAGCCGGCUGUACCUAAUUUUUGGUACAGCCGGCAAUUAGAUAGGCGCGCCUACGGUUGAGGAGAUCGAAAAGGAUAAGAUCAAAAAUAGAUCUGAGAUCCGAUCGUUAAUGGGGCGGUGGGGAGUGGAGCUGAAGAUGGCGUACGAGCUGUAACAGAUCUAAGAUGAAACAGAUCUGAGAUCCCUCCUUCGAUUUUUACCUUCAUCUACAACAUUUGGCUCCCGGAAUCUUCUUUCUUCUUCUUCUAAAAUUCCAGAGGAGGAAGGCUGUUAUUCCCGAUAUUCCUCCUUCGACAAUUGACAUUCAGACGCAGCAGGAGUCAAGGAACUGAGUCGCGACCAUCGAGGAGGCCGAGGAGAAUCCGGCGAGUCUCAGGCCAACGGUGAAUAACGGCAGCAAACAACAUUUUCCGGCACGGGACUCGAAUUGGUUGGAGUGGAGUACCAGAACCAUUUCUUCCUCAGCUCAAGUCUCUUUGGACAUAGCGCUCCCGAAACCUUGUCUCAAAUCCCAAUGUCGCAGCAAGAGCAGUCUUCCUCCUCGCUUGAAGCUUGCCUGAAUUUGUUGAAAGGCGAGAGAGACGAGCAACGGCUGGCCGGUCUGCUUUUGGUCACCAAGUUCUGCAAAGGCGAUGACAAUGCUUCCAUUCUUAGGGUUUACGAAGCUCUUGGGUCUCAGUUUCUUGAUCGUCUUCUGAGGACUGGGAUGAAAAACAGACCAAGUGGCUGUGAAAGUGACAAUCGCGACGCGUAUUUGCGGUUGGCUGUAGCAGUCCUUGCCACACUUUGCCGUGUUCCAGAUAUUGCUUCUUCAAAAGAGAUGGUCUCCAGAAUUCCUGUCAUAUUGGAGGUCAUGUCUAGAGAAUCAGUUUCACCUGUCCUUGAAGACUGCUAUGAGUUUUUGUACUUAACAUCUUCUGCAAAUGAAGACGGGGUCAAAACUCUGUUUCAAUACCAAGGAAUCAGGGUAUUAGCUUCCCAAAUAUCUACUUUUUCUGAUGGUAAUUUUUUGAUCAUUAGCCAUAGUAGNCAGGUGGUUGCGUUAAUGAGACAAUUUGCUAUGCUGCACAGCGCUUUGAAAUUUGAUGCGCUUCAUCUGCUUUCUACAAUUUUCUCAUCAGACUAUUCAGGACCACUCAAGGGGGCACUUGGUCAAUUGCCAACCAAGGAUUGGUUAGAUUAUCUGUUCAUCGGUAUUGUCGCAAUCCUACAGAACAGGGUAGCUCCUGCUGAGAAACUGCAUGCCCUAGUUUUAGCUGAGUUUGCUAUUUCAAUAACCAGUGAGCGAUGGCUGCUUAGUCCAGUUAAAUUGCCUGAGUUGCAAGAACAAGUUCCUGCUGACAGGUGUCUUCUACUAGUCUUGGAGUCUUCCCGUGUUGAAAUUGCUGUUCUGCUGAAUGAUAUUGCUUACCUCAAAUAUGAAGCUUCAAAUAAUACAUCACCCACCAUUGAAAGUAUUUUCUUGAAGAGUCGACAUCUUGCUGUUGCUUUUGCCUUGGUUGAAAAGAUUAUUAAACUAGUUUCAGUCAUCAGCGAAGAAGGAGGAAAUCUUAUUGAAGAUAAUACCUUUAUGAAAGUCAUCAAUGGGCUGAAUGAGACAAUUAAUUUGGUUUUGGAGUAUUUACAAGAUGCUAGGGAUCAUGGUCAAAAGAAAGGAGACGAUCUAUUAGCAUCUGUGCGGGUUGUUGGGAGUUAUCUUGCGGAAACACCCAUUGCAUGGAAAGAUAAGGUGACAGAGCUUCUACCUUAUAUGCUCUCAGUGGAAGGCGAAGAUGAGCCAAGCCCCUUUUCCUCUGUCUGCUUUUUGAUGCCUCUGCUCUGUCAAAUCACAAUGAAUUCUGAAGGAUGCAAACAUUUAGUUUCUUCGGGAGGACAUAAAGCUGUUGUGGAUUGCCUUGUAAAACUGGUCAGUCAGGAUGCCGAUACUAGGGAGGAUAGUAGUGGCAUCUUCUUGGCUUGUGAUACAGUCCUCAACCUUCUCACAAAGAGGCAGGAGCUACAACUUUCAUUGGACGUGUCGUCCUUUGUUCACCUUCUGAAAGCAUUGACAUAUUGGGCAGAGAACUCUCACGACCUCUCUGUAAUCAUGAUGGCUUCAAGCAUAUCUUCAUUGUUAUUCGACCACACAUCAGAAGAUGCUCUUCUGAACUAUGGGCUUGAUAGAGCCACUUGCAACCGUGUUUAUCGCCUCAUAGCAAGAAGUCUUGCAUCUGUCAGACAGGACAAGCCUAGCGAUGUCCAGUCCGAGAUGGACCUUUAUGAGAUCAUUGAAUCUGGAUAUUCGCGGUGGUUUUCGAGAUUUCCCAGCAUAAAUAAUAUCGUCAAGCAAAGCUGAUCAAGGGUUGGACGACAUUGCUAUAUUGAUCUAAACGAGGUGGAAGAGAAUGAUGAAUUGUUUGAGGACAAGCUACCGAGGCUGAUGGAUAGGGACAAAAGCCAAGGCCAAAGCAAAGCGAAAGGGGAAGGAAAAAAUUUGAGGCCGAUGUCAAGUUUAUGUUUUAAUUUUAAAUUAUGUUAUGUUUUUGUUUUAAAAUUGGUUAUGUAUCUAGGUUAUUUAGUCCUAAAUGAGGGUAUGACCUUAGAAAUGUCUGGAGAGAUCUAGGAUUUGAUAACUAGUUAGCUCUGUGAGACUCUGUGCUAGUCUCUCUAGCUCCUUUGGUUUAAGAUAGUUAACCUUUUACUUUACUUUUAUAGUUGUGUGCGUUCUUUGCUUCCUUACUU